AAGAUAGCUUGUCAUGUCAACUGAAUGACGGCUGUGUCAAAGGUUUGUCGCGAUUUCUCCAUUCUUGUCUUAUUCACAUCCACUCACAUCACUACUUGUCUUUAUUUAUGCAUCCACUGUCUCCACUUUGUUUACCUCUGAUGCUUUUUGCAUAAAUACUGCAUUAAUUGCAUAUAUAUAUAUAAGCCUUGUUCUAUGAUUAAUCGUUUACUUGGUGAUUCCUAGCUGAAUAUGGCUUCAUCGUUAGAAAAUUUGGAGACUCAAUUAGAAAUGUUUAUUGAAAAUGUUCGUCAGAUGGAUAUAAUAGUUAGCGAUUUUCAACCACAAAGCCAGAACGUGCUUAACCAAAAAUUGCAGGCAAUGGUACAUGGAUUACAGGAGAUUGAUAAACUGAAAACCCAAGUUCAAGAUGUACAUGUUCCACUAGAAGUAUUUGAUUAUAUUGACCAGGGUCGCAAUCCCCAACUAUAUACUAAGGAUUGCAUUGAAAAAGCUUUGGCCAAAAAUGAACAAGUUAAAGGAAAAAUCGAUGCUUACCGCAAAUUUAAAGCAAACAUGUUAGUGGAAUUGGGGAAAACCUUUCCUAACGAGUUGAGUAAAUAUAGAGCCUUACGGGGAGAUGAAGGGAGACGUGGAGAUUAAUGUGAUUUUAGGAUAAUGCCCUAAUUAUCAUAGGUUAAUUUACAAUUUAAGUUUAACUUUAAUUUAAGUCUUAACUUCGAGAAAUAUUGUGCUGUUUAUUGCGAUAGGAUGGUUUAUAAAGCAGAAAUUCAAGAUCUCAUCAAUUUAAAAAACGGCAUUACCAAAUUAACUGUUAUUUAUCAACAGAUAUAAAUGUAAUUCAUUGUAACUUUCGAGAAAACUAUGUAGGACUACCUACAGAAAUUAAUUAGUAUACAUAUGAAAUGCAA